AUGGUGUCUGUCAAAGUACUCCUUGCUGUGGCUGCCAUAAAGGGCUGGUUUCUUAGUCAAUUGGAUGUGAACAAUGCAUUUCUGCAUGGUGAUUUGGAUGAGGAAGUUUAUAUGGCUCUUCCACAAGGGAGGCAAGGUGAUGUUUUCAUGAUGCUUUUGGUGUAUAUGGAUGAUGUCUUAAUAGUCUGUAAUGAUAAGGCUGAGAUAGACGGAUUCAAGGUUUUAUUGGAUGAUAGGUUCAAGCUCAAAGACUUAGGUGACUUAAAGUACUUCCUUGGAUUGGAGGUUGCUAGAUCAGCCAAGGGAAUUGCCCUUUGUCAAAGAAAAUACACUCUUGAGGUGAUUAAUGAUGUUGGUAUGUUAGGGUGUAAACCAGCUAAGACCCUUAUGGAACAAAGUCUCAAGUUAAGUCAAUUGGAAGGAGAAGAGCUCAAAGAUCCCGGCACCUACAGAAGGUUAAUUGGGAGGUUAUUGUAUCUGACCAUCACAAGGCCAGACAUCACUUUUGCUGUUCAUAAGCUUAGCCAAUACAUGUCCAAACCAAGAAAGCCACAUUUAGAUGCAGCCUAUAGAAUCUUACAAUAUUUGAAGAAUGAACCAGGGAAGGGUCUCAUAUUCUCUUCCAAGAUAGAUUUACAUUUAAAAGGUUUUGUAGAUGUUGAUUGGGCUUCAUGUUGUGAUACAAGGAAGUCAAUAACAGGUUAUAGCAUUUUCAUUGGAGAUUCCUUGGUGUCUUGGAAAUCAAAGAAGCAGUCCACAGAUAUUGGAGUUAAACAUGACAAAGAAGCAUUGUUGUUCUGUGAUAGUCAAGCAGCAUUGCACAUUAGUUCCAAUCCCCUUUUUCAUCAGAGAAUCAAGCACAUUGAAAUAGAUUGUCACGUGGUCAAGGAUAAAGUUUUGGAAGGUGUUAUCAAGCUUAAUCAUGUGAGGUGUCGUGGUCAAUUGCCAGACAUGCUUACCAAAGCAUUGGGGUACAAUCAAUUUUCUAAUCUUGUUGACAAGAUGGGAAUGAUGAAUAUACACACACCAAUUACUCUUGAGAGGGAGUAUCAGAAUGGUAGUAAAGAUGACAAGAUGGGGAUGAUGAAUAUACACACACCAGCUACUCUUGAGAGGGAGUAUCAGAAUGGUAGUAAAGAUGAUCACAAGGAAGCAAGAGCAGAGCCUGAGAUAGUAGAGCUUAAUCUGAGUAAUGAACAAAGUACUGCAUAA